AUGGAGGGAUGGGGCUGUAGGGCCACAGUGCAGGACAGAUCCCAGGCAGUGGAGUGUGUCUGGGCUCCAGGGCUCCAGAGGAGUGACCUUUACCUCCUCACCCUGCAGGAGACGGAGGCUUCAUGCAGCCCGCCUGGGAGCCACUGGCAACAUCCACUAGCCCUCAGGGGUCUGUCUGUGUGUGUGUGUUCGUCAUGUGACCCGAACAGUCAGCCGUGUAUGUCCCUGUGUGGUUUUUAUAGCGAGAGCUGUCAUACUCAUAAGAUGGGCUGUGACCUCUCUCUGUGACCUCUCUCUGUGACCUCUCUCUGUGACCUCUCUCUGUGACCUCUUUCUGUGACCUCUCUCUGUGACCUCUCUGUCUCCCGUUGUCUUGUCUCUAUGACGACCCGAGAGCCCCCAGAGGCUGUCUUCGACUGCAGACGGGUUCCCUGGUGCACCCUGGGACUUGUAGGCCAGAUCACACCGAGACCUCGCUGUUUGCUCGUUCCGUCUCGGUGAAUUUCUAUCUUCUGACCGCUCAUACGUGUGUGUGUGUGUGUGCUCUCCUCCAGCCCGGGACGCUCUCCUAUAUCUUUUGAUCAUGAGAUCGUCAUGAUGAACCAUGUCUACAAGGAGCGCUUCCCCAAGGCCACAUCGCAGAUGGAGGAGCGUCUGUCGGACUUCCUGUCUGCGGCGGCCCCCGACACGGUGACCCCCCUGGGGGACGGCGUGCUGAGCUUCAUCCAUCACCAGCUGAUGGAGCUCUCCAGGGACUGUCUGGACAAGUCCCGCCACGGCCUCAUCACCUCCAGAUACUUCUACGAGCUCCAGGAGAACCUGGAGAAACUGCUGCAGGAUAGGAGGCUGCAGGAGGAGGACUCUCUGCAGAACCUUCCGGACUCCAGGCAGUGGAGCACGCUGUCUCACCUGUGUGACGGCCCCGCCACCUUCACAGCUCAUGAGAGGUCAGAGAGUGUGGAGGUGACCUUUGUCACCCAGCUGGUGAAGAAGCUGAUGAUUGUCAUCGCCCGCCCUGCUCGGCUCCUGGAGUGUCUGGAGUUUGACCCUGAGGAGUUCUACCACCUGCUGGAGGCAGCAGAGGGCCACGCUAAGGAGGGCCAGGGCAUCAAGACUGACAUCCCCCGCUACAUCAUCAGCCAGCUGGGCCUGACCAGAGACCCCCUGGAGGAAAUCUCCCAGCUGAGCAGCUAUGACAGUGGCCACCCUGACACCCCGGAGACAGACGACUCUGUUGACAGUCGCGUGGCCCCCCCGGCCCCCCAGACCAAGGCCCCCCGAGAGGAGGACUUUGAGAACAUCAAGCUGAUCAGCAAUGGAGCCUACGGGGCCGUGUUCCUGGUGAGACACAAGGAGACGCGUCAGCGCUUCGCCAUGAAGAAGAUCAACAAGCAGAACCUGAUCCUGAGGAACCAGAUCCAGCAGGCCUUCGUGGAGAGGGACAUCCUCACCUUCGCUGAGAACCCCUUCGUGGUCUCCAUGUUCUGCUCCUUCGAGACCCGCAGGCAUCUCUGCAUGGUCAUGGAGUACGUGGAAGGCGGUGACUGUGCCACCCUGCUGAAGAACAUCGGGGCCCUCCCGGUGGACAUGGCCCGGCUGUACUUUGCUGAGACGGUGCUGGCCCUGGAGUACCUGCACAACUACGGCAUCGUGCACCGGGACCUGAAACCUGACAAUCUUCUCAUCACGUCCAUGGGUCACAUCAAGCUGACAGACUUCGGUCUGUCCAAGAUAGGUCUGAUGAGCCUGACCACCAACCUGUAUGAGGGCCACAUCGAGAAGGACACCAGGGAGUUCCGAGACAAACAGGUGUGUGGGACCCCAGAGUACAUCGCCCCGGAGGUGAUCCUGAGGCAGGGCUAUGGGAAGCCGGUGGACUGGUGGGCCAUGGGGGUCAUCCUGUAUGAGUUCCUGGUGGGCUGUGCCCCCUUCUUCGGUGACACGACCGAGGAGCUGUUUGGACAGGUCAUCAGUGAUGACAUCAUCUGGCCGGAGGAGGAAGAGGCUCUCCCCAUAGAAGCCCAGGAUCUGAUCUCCAAGCUGCUGAGACAGAACCCCCUGGAGAGACUGGGAACAGGGAGUGCCUUUGAGGUGAAGCAGCAUGGCUUCUUCACAGACCUGGACUGGAACUCUCUGCUGAGGCAGAAGGCCGAGUUCAUCCCUCAGCUGGAGUCUGAGGACGACACCAGCUACUUUGACACUCGCUCAGACAGGUACCACCAUGUGGACUCUGAAGAUGAGGACGACACUAAUGAUGAUGAACACAUGGAGAUCAGGCAGUUCUCCUCCUGCUCGCCCCGAUUCAGCAAGGUGUACAGCAGCAUGGAGCGUCUGUCCCUCCACGAGGAGAAGCGGACCCCCCCGCCCACCAAGCGCAGCCUGAGUGAGGAGGGGGGCGAGCGCAUCGACAGUCUGAGCGGGCUCAAGGCCAGAGACCGCUCCUGGCUGGUGGGCUCCCCCGAGAUCCUGCGUAAGCGCCUUUCCGUGUCCGAGUCGUCCCACACAGAGAGUGACUCCAGCCCCCCCCUGACGGUGCGGCGGCGCUGCUGCUCUGCCAUCAUCGAGAUGCCUCGCUUCGCCAUCUCCUCCGAGGAGGAAGGGGGCGCCGGGGCCCCCGGGGGGGCCAGGAAGGGCUCCGUCAGGGGACCCCGCUCCGAGGACCUACCUCUGUCCAUCCCAGAGCUGCCCCUGGAGAGAAAGCUGAAGCUGGAGCAGUCUCCCACCCCAGGGUCCUCCUCCUCCCAGCUCAGCAGAACCACUCUCACACCUGGUAGUACUGGGGACGUGUGGGAGCGUGCGGGCUCUGGGCAGGACGAGGUCUCCUCCACCCCCAGGGCCAUCAGUGACCUGGCGGCUCGCCGCGCUCGCCACCGCCUGCUGUCGGGCGACGCCGACAAACACCCGCCUUCCAGACCCCUCAACAAGGUCAUCAAGUCGGCCUCCGCCACCACCCUGUCCCUCAUGAUCCCCGCUGACCACCACGGAGCCUCCCCAUUGGCCAGCCCCAUGUCUCCCCACUCCCUCUCCUCCAAUCCCUCGUCGCGUGACUCGUCCCCCAGCAGGGACUUGUCCCCGGCCGUCACCAAGCCCAUCACCAUCCACCGGGCGGGCAAGAAGUACGGCUUCACCCUCAGAGCCAUCAGAGUGUACAUGGGAGACAGUGACGUCUACUCUGUGUACCACAUGGUCUGGCACUUAGAGGAGGGGGGUCCAGCCCAUGAGGCAGGGCUGAGAGAAGGUGACCUCAUCACCCAUGUCAACGGAGAACCGGUCCACGGCCUGGUGCACACUGAGGUGGUGGAGCUCAUCCUCAAGAGUGGAGGCAAGGUGUCUAUCUCUGCCACGCCUUUUGAGAACACGUCCAUCAAGGUGGGUCCAGCACGCAAGACCAGCUCCAAAUCCAAGAUGGCGCGCCGCAACAAGAAGACCAAGACCAAAGAGGGACAGGACAGCAGUAGCAGCAGCAAGAAGAGGAACUCGUUGUUCAGGAAGAUCACCAAGCAGGCGUCUCUGCUGCACACCAGUCGCUCUCUCUCCUCCCUCAACCGCUCUCUGUCCUCAGGGGAGAGCGGGCCUGGCUCGCCCACUCACAACCUGUCCCCCCGCUCCCCGACACAGAGCUACCGCUGCACCCCCGAGUCAGCACAUUCCGUGGGAGGGAACUCGUCCCAGAGCAGUUCCCCCAGCUCCAGCGUUCCGAACUCCCCAGCCAGCUCCGGCCACAUCCGGCCCAGCUCCCUGCACGGCCUGGCCCCCAAGCUGCAGCGCCAGUACCGCUCCCCGCGUCGCAAGUCCGCCGGCAACAUCCCCCUCUCCCCCUUGGCCCGCACGCCCUCCCCCACCCCCCAGUCCACCUCCCCCCAGCGCUCGCCCUCCCCCCUCCCCGGUCACUCCCAGGCCUUCCCCGUCAAGCUUCACUCCUCCCCCCCCCUGGUCCGACAGAUCUCCCGGCCCAAAAGCGUGGAGCCGCCUCGCUCUCCCCUCCUCAAGCGGGUGCAGUCGGCCGAGAAGCUGGCCUCCUCCCUCUCCUCCUCUUCCUCCUCGCCCUCGCCGUCCGCCUCCGCGGGCGACAAGAAGCUCCCCGCGGCGCCGCCGGGGGGGCGCAAGCACAGCCUGGACGUGUCCCACGCCGAGUUCAAGAAGGAGAUGCUGCAGAGAGACCCCAGCCUGCAGAGCCUGCAGGAGUGUGCCGGCGAGGGCCUGGCCCUGGGGGGCCGCGGGGCCCCCGUGGAGAAGGGCAGCCUACACAAACACCCCUCCUCCUCCUCCCGCAAGCUGGGCCGUCAGGAGGGCGAGGGGGCCCCGGUGGCCGGGUCCCUGGGCCUGGCCCCUGGGAAGAGCAAGCUGAAGGACAAGCUGUCGGCCAUCCGGCAGGACCGCGCCGACCGCAGGGAGUCUCUCCAGAAGCAGGACGCCAUCCACGAGGUGGACUCGUCCGAGGACGAGACGGACGAGGGCUCCGAGGACAGCCAGGACGGACGCCGGGGGUCGGCCUUCGUCCCCCCGCUGCUCCGACCCGCCGGCGUCAUGGCGACCGCCCCCCGCAUGGGCCCCGGGGGCACCCUGCCCUCCCUCUGCCUCUCCCCGUCCCCGGCCCUCUCCACCACGCUCAUACACCCCUCCUGUCCCCAGCCCAGCAGAGCCACGCCCACCCUGCCCUCCUCCACGGGGGGCAGACUCCCCGAGCCCAAGCCCGCCCAGAGCGCCCCUUCCCUGGGAGGGCGGAACGACAGCUCCGACGACCCUGGAAGACGUGAGGGGAAGACUGCCGACCUGCUCCCCAGGCCCAAGCCCUCCCAGACCCCCCCAAGUAGCACCUUCGCCACGCCCGGCAGCGCCUUCAUCUCCGUGGCCAAGGAGCCCCUGAGGCCGGCCUCUCCCCAGGACAGGCGGAGCCCCCGAGGGGCGCGGGCCGAGGACAGCCCCAGAGCCAGCCCUACGGCGGGGCCCUCCGACAGCAGCGAGGCCCUGACCCCCUCCUCCUCCGCAGGCAUCACCAAGGAGAAGAAGGAAGCGGACAACCGGAGACAAGCAGCCGCAGCUGUUGCCGCCGCCGCGUCCUCCUCCCCCAGCCCCGCCCCCAGCCCCGCCCCCAGCCCCGCCCCCGUAAGCGGAGCAGUCCAGGCAGACUCCCAGCUCUCCACAGUCACCAAGAGCGUCCUGGGCCCCGUCAAGCUCACCCUCCCCGGCUCCCACGUCUCACCCGCCUCCCCCCUCGCUGCCCCCGCCUCCUUCCCCUUUAAAGUCCCCCAGCCUCCGCCCCCGGCCCGCCUCACAGACUCUCCCACCAGGCUGAAAGCUGAGCCGGCCCCCUCCCCCCCCCCCCGAGGAGAUCCUCCACUCCCAAAGGCGCCCCCCCCCAGCCCCGAGAGGGCUCCAUGGGGGGGCAGGGGCCCCCCGGGGGGGGCAGGGAGACUGCCACCGCCUCUUCCCCUGCCCCCCUGAGGCCGGGGACAGCCCCACAGCCUUCGAGCGCCGCCCCGGCCUCCAAUAAGAGGCCGGAGGCCCAGAAAGCCUCGGCCGCCACGGUCGCCUCUCCACUGGACAAAACCAGCAAGAAAACGUAGCAGCAGAAAAGGAAGAACAGAAACAAAUUCAGAUAAACACUCAAAAAAACGCAGAAGCCAAGUAGUCGUUAGCUUGAGAUUUCAAUUCACAAACCGCAUGUUUGAAAGAAAUAGCAUACUAUAGACUUAUACUAUAGACUUUGCAACACGCUCAUGUGGAGAGCAUAGCUGCGAGAGGAGACUAUGAAGAGGAUCACAAAAGAGAAGAGGGGAAGAGGGAUGGAGUCUUGUGGGGUGUUCGGGGGGCCCAGGGGGGGCCCAGACAGUGUCCAAUCCUGUUCUUGCUGUUUUGGUUCCCUGUUCAGACUCGUGUUUUUGUGUGGUCGGCUUUUCUCUCUUCAAAGAAAUGGGGGCUAGAAAUAAACAGGUUGAGGCCGUUGGUCCACUGCUCAGCAUAUUGACCCCAGCACACACACACUCACACACACUCACACACUUCUCAGUAUACUACCUAAUCUCCAAUACAGCUUGCAGUUAGCAUGGACUGGCGUGCCCAAAGCCAACAGGUCAGGUUGUGCCCUUCAAACUGCACCCCUACCCUCACCCUGCCCUCUCCCCAGGCCCCUGUCUGCUCCUCUCCCCAGGCCCCUGUCUGCUCCUCUCCCCAGG